AUCUUCCUUUACUUUGUUCAGGAUGGAAUCGCUUCUACGAUGGUCAAUUGAACACUCUGGCCCUUCCGUCGGUGCUCCCCAGCCAAGAACAGACCUCGACGCUGGUGUCAUUGAUCUCAUUCUCGGCAAGUCCGAUGCUGAGCUCAUGAAGGAGGACCUCGCAGUGGCCUCAGAUCCACACCACUCGGAAGACGCCAGGGUAGACGCCCUUGAUCACCUCGAGAUGCUAAUAGAACAAAUCGACAAUGCCAACAAUCUCGAGCAACUGGAAAUGUGGCAGCCACUGCACUCGCUGCUCACCUCUCCCGACUCGACAGACGUGAUCGUCUUGCAGGCCCUAUGGGUCAUCGGCACUGCCCUCCAGAACAACCCCGCCGCUCAGCAAACGUACCUCUCAUCCAAUCCCCUCCCGACCUUGACCGCCUUUCUCGUCCCUGCAAAUUCUUCACCACAGAUCAGGAGCAAGGCCCUCUACGCCCUCUCAGGCCUCCUCAAGCACAAUGCUCCUGCAGUAAAAGCCCUCGCAUCCGACGCCUGGCUCAAGUUGCGCGCCGCACUUGCCGAUCCAGAGAUCACCGUUCGGAGAAAGGCCGUCUUUUUGUUGAAUACCCUUCUCACCCCGAAUGAAACCACGGUACAAGCCGGGCCUGUGCAUCCCAACUCCCAUGCCCCCAAUCUUGUUGACCCAAGUCGAGCAGAAACAUCCUCUGUGGCCCGCCGCCCCAUGGAGGAGCAAGGUAUCUUUGCCGCUGUCGUUGGCGCGCUCGUAGACCCGCUGCCGUAUGGCGAGGACGGAGACGUCUUGGAGCCUGAUCUCGAUUUUGAGGAAAAGAGCAUCAGGCUCCUCUGGACGUACAUGGUCGCCUGCGAUGGUGUCUUGGAUCCGGAACAAAAGAAAAAACUCGCACAGUGGGUUGCCAGCCGCACCGCCGACAGGUGGGCCUUUAGUCACGACGAGUUUAGCCUAUUUGAAGCUGCAUUGCACUAGCUACACAUUACAACAUAUGUCACUACUGCGUCCUAAUUUAACAACCAAUAUGUGAAGCAUUCCAAAUACGAUCGAUACCCACAGCCCUUCAAACCAUGUAUCUACCACGGCAAGAAUCAAUACAAUGAUAGACAGCCCAGUCCGCAAGUGCCCAUCGGGGCACAUAGUCGCAACAUCCAGCACCUUGGCGACGAGGAUGCACGACUUGGCUGACCUCACGAAAAGCGUCAUUUUCAGCCGCUUUAUUGGCACCACCGUCAUCGCCGGUGCUGCCUCGUCAUGCCCAUCAUCUGGCGCAGGUAGACCCAGUAGAGGCACUUUUUCCUCUUCGCCUUCGCUAUUCAGGACUGCAGCUUCGCCGACAACGUUCGUCGUCUCUUCCGCGGUAGGUUCCGGACUUGGUCUUCGUA